AAUAUAAAAAAUACCUGAAGAUAAAAUCUCCCAUAAGUUUAGUAACAAACCCUUCUACGAAUGUCACUUUAAUCUCAAUCCUACACGUUUCACGUGUCCUUCACCAUCAGCGGUUAGAUCUACAAGUUACGCUGGCCAUAGGCAAUUAUUACCAACCGCUUAUACUAUUCUCAUCACAGAGGAUAUCUCCACCUUAGUCAACUCACAACUUUCUAGUCCCUGUAAGAAAACCCAGCAAAUGGCACAGGGGACGAUAGACGGAGGAGCUUGCUUGGUUGUGGACUCUGCGACUCCGAGGAUUGAACGAUGAAAUCGAAGACUCUAACUCUGGUUCUGGUGAAUCUGGCCGGAAUAAUGGAGAGAGCCGACGAGUCGUUGUUGCCUGGAGUGUACAAGGAGGUCGGCGCUGCUCUGCACACGGAACCAACGGGGUUGGGUUCACUGACUCUGUUCCGAUCUAUUGUUCAGACUGCUUGUUACCCGCUGGCUGCGUACUUGGCUGUGCGCCACAACCGAGCCCAUGUGAUUGCUACCGGUGCGUUUCUCUGGGCCGCCGCCACCUUGCUUGUUGCAGUCUCGACGACCUUCUUUCAGGUUGCAGUUUCAAGAGGCUUAAAUGGGAUUGGACUUGCCAUGGUCAUACCAGCCAUUCAAUCCCUUGUUGCAGAUUCAACUGAUGAUAACAAUCGAGGAAUUGCAUUUGGAUGGCUAGGCCUGACAGGAAACCUCGGUGCUAUCCUUGGAGGGCUAUGUUCAGUACUCAUAGCUUCAACCUCAAUCAUGGGAAUUCCUGGCUGGAGAAUCGCUUUCCACCUUGUUGGACUAAUAAGCGUGAUAGUUGGCAUCUUGGUGCGCCUCUUCGCUCGAGAUCCUCGCUUUGUUGGCACUGAGAACAAAUGGAAAAACCAAAUCCAACAUGGACCCUUUUUGUCUGACCUGAAAGAGUUAUUUACAGAAGCAAAAGCUGUAAUGAGAGUUCCAUCUUUCCAGAUACUUGUGGCUCAAGGUGUCUCUGGAUCAUUUCCUUGGUCAGCUUUGUCAUUUGCUCCAAUGUGGUUGGAACUUAUAGGCUUUUCUCAUCAGAAGACAGCAUUCUUGAUGACUCUUUUCGUGCUUGCCGGUUCAUUUGGAGCUCUUUUUGGAGGAAAGAUGGGCGAUGUUCUAGGCAAACGAUUUCCAAAUUCUGGAAGAAUAGUUCUUUCUCAAAUAAGUUCAGGUUCAGCAAUCCCUAUAGCAGCUGUUUUGCUGUUGGGCUUGCCUGAUGAUCCGUCUACUGCGCUCAUGCAUGGUCUUGUAUUGUUCAUCAUGGGUUUGUGCAUUUCCUGGAACGGUGCAGCUACAAAUAAUCCAAUUUUUGCAGAGAUUGUUCCUGAGAAAUCUCGAACCAGCAUCUAUGCUUUGGAUAGGUCUUUUGAGUCCAUACUCGCCUCAUUUGCUCCACCAGUAGUCGGGAUUCUGGCUCAGCAUGUCUAUGGCUAUAAACCAAUUCCCCAAGGAUCAUCAGGCUCUGUGGAGGUUGAAACUGAUAGAGAGAAUGCUGCAUCACUUGCCAAGGCACUCUACAUUGCAAUUGGCAUUCCCAUGACAAUCUGCUGCUUCAUCUACUCCUUCCUUUACUGCACAUACCCGAGAGAUCGGGAACGAGCAAGAAUGCAUGAGCUAAUUGAAUCGGAAAUGCUGCAUUUAGAGUCCCAGAACUCUCCUUCAAUGGAAGAAUUAGAAAAUGACACAGAAAGAAGUGAAUUCAACAUAGAGAAAGGAGAGGAGGAAGGGGGUGAUUUAGAAUGGAGUGACAAGAAGUCUCUGCUUUCUCAUCAACUAACAUCUUCGAAUCUGGGGAACUGAUAACCUUUCUGGAAGAAGAAGCUGGAUUAUCAUAAUUUUGCAUUCAUUUCAAGCCGUUGCUGAGAGAAUUACUUGAAGAUACUCACAUGGCUUUUUUGAUUGUAGCCUAUGGACUGUCAAGUAUGGGGAAUCUAGGCUGUGUUUGGUCGAUUCUCAUCCGAUUCCUUCUCAACUUCUAGUUGCAAUUUUCAAAUAGUUUUGAUAUACAUAAUUAGGACAUGAUUUCACCAUCACCAUUUUCAGCUCUUCCAUUGUAGAAAUUGAAGUUGAGCUUUUAAUAACUUGAAAAUAGUCAUUUAUGUUCUGAUUGUAAAUAUCAAAGUAAAA